GGGGUCAGUAAGCCGGGUGGCUGUGCGGGAUGGGGGGGGGGGGGGCGGGGCGGGCCACUCAGUCGGGGAAGUGGUGCCAUGAGGUGGUGGAACGCUGUCGAGACGGGUAUAUCGCGGAACUGAGGUGAUCUAGGAUUGGAAGUCAUCCGCCAUUGUCUUUUUGCAAGAAAGGAGUUCAACUGUCAUAGUUGAGUUCAGUUUUCCAAUACCUAUUGAACUCAAACUACUGUACCAUGGAUCCAUAGAAUUCACAAAAGAUAUAUGUCGAAAACUGAAAUUUCUAGAUCAAGAUGUGUUGCCAGGAGUUCUGUCAGUACAUGUAAAUUGAAAUAAGUGUCUCUAAAAAGAAAAUGGCUAGAGAUUAUGGAGGAAGUGGCUCUGGGGGAUUGAUGGAUGAAAUUCAAGCACUCAUUGCACCUCCAGGUGAUGAAAAGAGAAAGAGAGAAGGACUUGACUUGCACCCAUAUUUUCGAAGACCAGGAAAGGGCCACAACAAUGACAGAUGUGAUGCAUGUGGUGAAGGAGGUGACCUGCUUUGUUGUGAUCGCUGUCCGGCAUCAUUUCAUUUGGGCUGUCAUGACCCACCUAUUCCAGAGGAGGACAUACCAUCAGGAGAUUGGAUCUGUCAUAAUUGUAAGGCCACUGAAGCUCUGAAACUUGGAGCAUCCCAUAGCACUGAUUGGCAGCAGGAGACAAACGCUGAUGACCCAGCAUGUGCUGAUAUCAUAGCUGUCCGCUCUCCGCUGCAGCACCUCAUUCAAGCAGCCUCCCUCCUCAACCCCAGACAAUUUGAACUGCCCCCAGAUAUGGCUGUAAAUGAUCUGCUUCCUGGUGAAACAAAGAUCAACCCCAAGGGGAGCAGAAAAAGGCCACAUGAGUUGGACAAUGGCCUUGUCCCUCUCCCUGCUAAGCUGUGCUUCAAAUGUGGGAAAAGCUGCCGAACUGCUCCACUAAUGGCCUGUGACUACUGUCCCUCAUGUUUCCAUAUGGAUUGCUUGGAUCCACCCAUGACAACAAUGCCAACAGGAAGUGUGUGGAUGUGUCCACUUCAUGUGGAAAACUUUCUGGACUCUGAAAUGUUGAAAACGCCCAGGCUGACGGAGCGACUCAAGCUAUGGAACCGCUUUCAAGGUCCGCUUGACCAGGAUGUUAUCAAGGCUCAGUUCUUCAGGAAAGUUCACAGAAGGCAUCCUCCUUUCAAGUACAAAAUGAAGAUAGAGAAUACUAAUCUAGUGGAUGUUCCUGAAGGUGUCAAGAGCCACUAUAAAAAUCCACUGCCUAAACCACAAAUGGCAGACAAAGACACAUUGGUGGUACCUCCCCAAGGGUCUGAGGCCACAGAGGAGGAGCAGGAACUUUGGCUCAAAAGCAUUCUCAGUCUGCAGCUGGGCUCCAGUGAGUACCUCGAGCAGCAGAAGUGCACAGCAGCUGACCAUCCAGUGAAGCAGGAGUCAGAGUGUGCCUCUGAGUCUGCCAGUGACUCCCUCCCCAACUCAGGAGAUGUGCAACAUUCGGGGCUGGACGGGUCGCACCAUGCAGCCACUAAUGGUGACCUGGACGGCCGGGUGAAGAAGCACUGCCCCAAGAAGUUCGAUAAGAUGAUGGACGUGAAGCGGUCGCGCACGGACACGAUUCUGAAGGCGUGUCUGAUGGACGGUGUGCGGCAGGAGCGGCGGCCACUGGUGGAUGACUCUGCCGAGCUGCGCCAGCUGCGAGCCCAGCUGCAGUCGGCCGGCUCGAUGGACCUCAGCCUGCUGGACGAGCGGCUGGUGCAGCUGCUGGCCGUGCAGCGGCUCACGCAGCUGCUCGGGCCGCACGCCGCCGGAAAGCUGGCCCCGCGGGCGCCGCUCGACCCGGUCCGCAGCGCCGCGUCGGCAGUGGCCCCGCGGGCCACGCUCACCCCGCUGAACGGGAUCGGCGGCACGGAGCUGGUGCGAUACCGGUCACUGUCGGUGGGCAGCGGCGCCGACAACGACCUCAACCUGGACCGGCACGGCUACUGCGCCUACGUCUCCGGUCAGCACGCCACCAUCUUCUUCGACGACACGGCGCGCCGGUUCGAGCUGCUCAACUACAGCGAGCACGGGACGGUGGUGGAGGGCGUGCUGUACGGCUGCAAUUUCUCCGCGCGCACUGUGGCCGGCGUGGAGGAGUCCGCAGUCGAGGCCACGGUGCACGCCAUAGCCGAGAAGCGACGGGAGGCCAGACGUGCCGCGUCUGAUAACUCCUCUCCCGCUGUGCCAUCGAAAGACGCCACGAUGAGCAAGCGGGCGUGCCUGGAGCGGCGCCGCUGUCGGUGCGUGUGCCCCGCGGCGGGACCGGCCGACGGACCGCGGCGUGGCUUUGAGAGCUCGGUGCUGCUCCACCACGGCUGCCACCUGCAGUUCGGGUGUCUUCGUUUCGUGUUCGCUGAGACGGGUGUGCGCCGCCGCCAGGAUAGUGUCGUGGAGGCGCUGCUGGCGCGCGCGCGGCAGCGAGACGCGGAGGAGGUGCGCUCGUAACCGCUGGUGACGCCGGCUGGUGACUGACUGGUGCUGAGCGCUGGUGCCGAGCGAUGCCGGACUCUGUAAAGGACUAUUGGACGCGAGUGGCCAUGGUGUGGUUCACAAGUGCUGGUCGGUUUACUGCACAGUCCUGCUCCACACCGGUGGGAACUUCGCAAAGUGUAUCUGAUGAGUCUGAUUUCAGAGUAUUCAAUGAGUGGUCUGUUAUUUAAUAGUCUGGUGACACCCAUCUGACUCGAGUUUAUCCGUUGUGCGCCAGAUCGGCGGUCGCAUGACUGUAGGGUGUAGAAGGCUGACUUUUGGACUGUAGGUAUAGUUUCACCUGGUGGCCGACCGCUGCUCCACUGCCUGCCUGCGUGGGGGCGGUAGUAUGCCGUCAACUUUGGGAGACACCACGCCGGUAACUGAGCUCAGUGCUGCCGGUUCAGUCAGGCUGAAAUGGUAGACAAUAUUUUUCUUAGAUAUGAGAUAGCUUGCACUUCACAUGUCAGCGUUUCACCAUCGAAUGUGUCAUCUGGUCUGUCACGAUGUGUGUAGAGUAGUAGAGAGCCCUAGUGAGUUGACAUGGUGCUCACGAUUCAUGUCGAUGCUUGUAAAGCUAGCCAUUGGCGCAGCGUGGCGAACGGCAAGUGUACAAAUCAGCAGUUGGAGUCAACCAACGAACAUUGUUGCAUAAACCAGUGGAGAUGCACGACUUCUCAAGUAUCUACGUAAUCACAUUGUUCAUUGGUGAGCUGCCGGAUUUAGUCCGGUUCGGAGAGCGAUGGAGUAGUGAGCAGUCUCACUUUGUGUCGUGGUGGCUUGUUUAUUUAAUUGUAAGCGUCUCCCUGCUGUUCAUCAUUUCGCCAUCCUGUUGUGAUGUGUUGUAUGUGCGUGCACGUCUCAUUGCUUUUUCUCACAACACUUCAUCUCGUGGGGUACCAAUGUCGAAGUUGAAUACAUCGUUUUAGUUCACCAUAUAUGCGGCCUUGCGCCCGUG